GUGUUUCCUCUCCUGCUGUCAGUACAGCUGAGUUGAGAUGAUGUCCGGUUGGUCUGUGGUUGUGUUGGUGGUCUGUGGUGUGAUCAGUGCUCAGAUUCCCACUGGGGAUGCACAAGAUGGAGUCCUGGAGCAGCUGACAGUCAGAGUGCAGAAGUUGGAGAAAGAGCUUCAAGACAGAGAUAAAUUUAAGGUGGCGUUCUCGGCGUCCCUCGUCGAGCCUGAAGGCGAGGUUACUUUGGGGCCUUUCGACACCAACACCACGCUGAUAUUCAAGAGGGUGAGGACCAACAUCGGCAAUGCAUACAACCCCUUAACAGGCAUCUUCACAGCCCCCGUGAAGGGACUCUACUACACCCGGAUUACCGGCUGCGCCGCAAACUCAGGGAUGAACAUAGCGGUGAUGAAGAACGGGGUCAACAUGUUCGCUGUCAAAGACAACCAACAAAUGCAUAGCAGUGCCUCCAAUGGCAUGACGCUGGCCCUGGAACAGGGGGACCAGCUCUCGGUCACCCUUUGGACCGGGAACAGCAUCUUCGAUCACGGGCGGCUCAGCACCUUCAGCGGUUUCCUCGUCUUCCCCCUGUAGGUGGAGCCAAAAAGAGAUCUGAUCUUCACUCAGUAUUUCCUCUGAGAAACAGCAGGCAGAUAUGAAGCAGAAGCUCGACAGUGAGAGGCAGUUUGAUUGUUAUUGUUAAACAUUGAGUUUAACAAAGUCUCAAUCUUCAGUUCGUAGUAAUAAGACAAACUAAUAACCACUUUUAUUUUGAAAUGUUAAACAGGAAACAUCCGGUGGGUUGACUGUCAGUCUGAGAAGCUUAAAGAAAUAAAGUUUGUUGAUGUCUGUUUGACUUCUGAGAUCCA